AUGCGGUCCUUCUACGUCGCCUCGUUGUUAGUCGCUUCCUUCAUUGCUGGAGCUAUGGCCAUCCCGCAAAUGGGACCCCUCAUGCCACCCGGAUACUUCGCAGCCAUGGGCGGUCAUCCUCAUCCCAUGGAGGGAGGUUUUCCCGCUCCAGCACCGGCCACCGCUCCCGCCAACUGUGGAUCGAAUUUGCUGAUCGGAUGUGGAGAUCCGAAGGUGGAACAAGUGCCGUGCGUACCGGAGCAAGACCACAGGCGUCCCCCAUCGGCGGCGGCUUACCAUUACGGGCGGCAUCAUGCCCCAAGCUACCACCACCAUCGUUCCAUGGACGGUGAUUUCGAGGAUGCGUUCGAGGGAAGUUACGAAGCGUAG